UUUACCGUUCUCGCAUCGUUCGAAAACAUGGCAGAUACCGCAGCUCCCGCGAAAAAGGUUUCCAAGCCCAAGGUGCCUGCAGCGCACCCAAAAUACAUCGACAUGAUCAAGGCUGCCCUCGGGUCACUGAAAGAGUGUGGUGGAUCUUCUAGACAAGCCAUUCUUAAGCACCUGAUGGCCAAUUAUAAAGUGGGCAAUGACGUCAACUCCAUCAAUGCCCACCUCAAAAUGGCCCUUAAGAAUGGAGUCAAAAAGGGUGCUUUGAAGCAAGCCAAGGGUAAAGGUGCCAGCGGCUCCUUCAAGCUUGGAGAUAAGCCCAAGGCUGAGCAGAAGCCUAAAGCCAAGAAAGUAGCCAAACCAAAGGCUGCCAAACCUAAGAAGGCUGCUGCUGCCAAGCCCAAGAAGGCGACCGUAGAGAAAAAAGUGAAGAAGACGCCAAAGAAACCAGCCGCACCCAAGAAGGCCGCCCGUAAGAGCGCCCCAGCCACCGGUGGCGUCAAGAAGCCCCACAGAUACAGGCCAGGAACUGUCGCUCUUCGUGAGAUCAGACGGUACCAGAAAAGCACUGAGCUUCUCAUCAGGAAACUCCCAUUCCAGCGUCUGGUCCGUGAAAUUGCACAGGACUUCAAGACCGAUCUGCGUUUCCAGAGCUCUGCCGUUAUGGCCCUUCAGGAAGCUAGUGAGGCCUACCUUGUAGGACUCUUUGAGGAUACCAACUUGUGCGCUAUCCACGCCAAGAGGGUGACCAUCAUGCCCAAGGAUAUCCAGCUUGCCAGACGUAUCCGUGGCGAGCGAGCUUAAUUUCACUCGUGUGACACACAAAACAAACGGCCGUUUUCACGGCCACCUAAUUCUUUCGAAAAGAUGCCUUCAUAUUGCUCUUGAUCAAGAAACUUGUCGUGAAUAAAGUAUGACUGAAUGACAUGCAUAACCCUACAUCCACACACUACUUUACCUAAAUCUGGUAAAAUAAGAAAACGUUUUAACGAGGUGGGUGUAAAUGUAGUCUGGGACAUAUGUCCCGCGAUGUUUGAUAUUCGCCGAUUUAACGUUUUAU